UGAAAGAGAUGGUGGUGAUGGAGCCAUGGCAUCUACAUGCAUGAUUAUCAUGUAUAUAUAAUGGUAUAUAUAUAUAUAAUAAAAAGAGGAAGAUAGAGGUCAUUUUCUUAUCUUGGUGUCUAAAGCAAGGAUGGCUCUGAUUCAAGUGGUGCUGGUGAAGGUCUCUUAGAGAUUUAAUUAGUGACUUUAGAACCACCAAUAUGAGACUUAAAGUGCAUGUCUCUUUUGGCACUAAAAGCCAUGGAGAUUUUCAUGAGAAGAAGAAGAAGAAGAAGAAGAGAUCAUCAACUCUCUUGCUGUUCUAUUAGCUCUUCUUCUUCUUCUUCUUCUUCUUCUUCUUCUUCUUCUUCUUCUUCUUCUUACUUUCCAUUAAACAUGUCUUCUUUUCUUUCUCUUUUUCUUCUUCUUCUUCUUCUCUUUGUUUCUUGUGAUGCUUUCAAUCACACUAGCUCAAGAAGGAUCUCUUCUCUAAAGCUUGCCAGGAUUCAGAAACAUUUGGAUAAGAUCAAUAAACCUCCUGUGAGAUCAAUCCAAAGCUUGGAUGGAGAUAUAAUAGAUUGUGUACACAAGCAUAAACAACCAGCACUUGAUCAUCCAUUGCUAAAGAACCACAAGAUUCAGAGAGUGGCACCAGAGAAGCCAAAGUUUAAAGAUGCCAGGCAUCCAAGAAACUACACAGAUACCAUUAAAAAUGCUUGGCAGACAUGGCACCACUCCGGCCACUGCCCAAAGGGCACGGUACCAAUACGGAGAAGCUCGGUCGACGAUGUCUUGAGAGCCAAGUCCUUAUAUCAUUACGGCAAGAAACAACGCCGUCCCCGGCCUCUCGCUCGAUCAAUCGAUGCUCCUGAUGUUGUCAGUGGCAAUGGCCAUGAGCAUGCAAUAGCAUACACUGGAGAAUCACAAGAAGUUUAUGGAGCUAGAGCAACUAUAAAUGUUUGGGAUCCAUCCAUUGAAGUUGUGAAUGAGUUUAGUCUUUCUCAGAUCUGGAUCCUUUCUGGUUCUUUUGAUGGUUCUGAUCUCAAUAGCAUUGAAGCUGGUUGGCAGGUCAGCCCUGAGCUUUAUGGAGACAGCAGGCCGAGGCUGUUUACUUACUGGACAAGUGAUGCUUAUGAAGCAACAGGAUGUUACAACCUCCUAUGUUCUGGUUUUGUGCAAACAAAUAACAAGAUUGCCAUUGGAGCUGCCAUUUCCCCUGUUUCAGCUUUCUCUGGCAGCCAAUAUGAUAUCUCCAUCCUCAUUUGGAAGGAUCCAAAGGUGGGGAAUUGGUGGAUGAGCUUUGGAGACAACACACUGGUGGGGUACUGGCCAGCAGAGUUAUUUACUCACUUAACCGACCAUGCCAGCAUGGUAGAAUGGGGUGGUGAGGUUGUCAACAUGAAGCCCAAUGGGGCCCACACUUCCACACAGAUGGGUUCCGGCCACUUCGCCGACGCCGGCUUUGCUCAGGCCAGCUACUUCCGCAACCUUGAACUAGUUGAUGCUGAUAACAGUCUUAGCUCAGUCCAGUCUAUCUCCACACUUGCUGAGAAUACCAACUGUUAUAAUAUCAUUAGCUCUUCUAAUCAAGACUGGGGAACUUUCUUCUACUUUGGAGGACCUGGCAACAACCCUAAAUGCCCUUAGAACUUUCCAUCUUUCUCUACUUUAUUUUUACUUUUAUUUUUUUCUUUCGUUCUUUGAGUUAAUCAAUUAUUAACCACUGCUAAUUCUUGUUUUUUUUUUUUAUUUCACUUUUAAGUUGAUGGAUGAAAUGUGAAAAAGAAAAAGGUUAUAUUAA